AUGAUCGGCCCUACUGGGCCUGCGGCUUCGUGGCAUCCUGUGCUGGUCAAGUAUCUUUCCAGGGUCGGGCACAUUAAGACGCUGAAGCUCGGUUUAGUUCAGAACAUCUAUGCCUACAACUCGCUAGCUUUCCCGAUCUUGACGUACAUGAUGCAGGUACUGCCGGUCAGGCCCGAGGUGAUUCGAGCCGAAGCGAACGCUCUUCAAAGGCUGACCAUGGGCCCUAGGUUCGCCAUCCCCACCCUUGUCCUCAAGGCCUCCCUGGACCUUGGGUUCCCAGUCGAGCCCCGCCACCUCCAGGCCACGAACAAGGCCGCUAUGUUUCGGGUCGCUCUUCAGAGUUCAGCCUUCGCUAGAGUGAAGGAACGCCUGCAUUUUCUAGAGCACGAAGACGUCGAACGACUGGCUGUUGUUCGGCACAGGUCUUGGCUCGCAGAGUCUAUUUGCGGCUCCCUGAUCAAGAAUUGGGACGAGCUCAUGACGAUUUGCCCGUCGAUCAAUGAAUACACGCACGAUGUCCAGCGAAAAGUCAAGAUUGCCGUGUGGGCGAAGGGGCAGCCGGUGCAGUUCUUCCUCGCGGCGGACCCGGAGUCCGCCAACGCCUGGUACGUGUCGCCGACCCCCGUCCCCGUCGCGGAGGGCCCCCUGCUGCUGCAGUCGCACUGCUGGGUCGACGGGGCCCUGGAGGAGGACUUCAAUCCCGAGAAGUUCGACGCCGACAGCAGGAGCGCCUGGCCGCUGGUGCGGCCCGCUCCCCACGUGAAGUUCGCGCUCCGCGGGCAACCAGGGAAGCUGAAGGCGCAGAUGGGGCCCAGGAGGGUCAGCGUCAAGUAUGUCCGCAAGCCCACCUCGGAGCAGCCUCUCUUGUCGCUCGUCUUCGUCAGGUGGGCUGGCGACGACGCCGUCGAGGGCCCAGACGCGCGCGAGCCGAACGACGGGGACUGGGGGCAGUACGGCUGUCCGGCCAGCGACACCUACAUGUCGUCGGUAGUAAAGAAGGGUCUGAUGGCGCAUCCCCUCCUCUGCAAGGAAGGGGUGCCCGACUUCGAGGUCUUCUCGCUCUUCGUCAAGGACUCCGCGGAGCUUGCCAGGGUCGGCACGGUCGCCCCCUGGCUGGCGGCGUCCCUGAGGGGGAAGCGCACGUCCAGCUUCUGGAUGAUGUGGCCCGUGGAGUGGGAGGACACUCGCGGCUCGGACUACGCGGCGUACGUGGACAGGCACGCGCUCUUCGGCGCCAUGCGGGCCCUGGAGUCCGCCCAGGUGCGGACUGGCUUCCCGCACCCGGCGAGCCAGUACGAGCUCAUCACGUCGAAGUCGUGGAUGGCCACCCUUUCGCUGGACCCGCUGUCUCGGAUGCCCGCGGCAACGACGGUGAGCAAAGGCAACGUGGUGACCGAUGCGCAGCGGGCCGCGAAGCAGGCGAUCUCGGCCCUCGCGGCCAUCCGGCAGCGGAACCCGUUUGCGGGUCCGGGCGGCAUCGUAGGGGCGUCGAAAGAGAACAAGGACGGCAUCAAGAAGGGCGUCGCGAAGCUGGGGUGGUCGUGGGAGGCGCGGUACGUCCUGAUCUUCCACAGCGAGGAGGACCUCGCGGAGAAGCUCGAGGAGAUACUGACGCACCCUGGCAGCACGGCGGGCGCCUGCAUCGUGCAGGAGUGGGUGGACUUCGACUUCGAGAUGCGCCUGUACUUCCUGCCGCCUGCCGACUGGGGGGGCGAGAGGCUGGAGCCGGUCCGCAUAGAGUGCAACGCCUGGCACGGCUCGAUGGAGAACGGGCAGCGCCGCUCCUUCCACAAGCUCACUAGGGACACGAUACUGGCGGACUACUGGGAGCAGGACGCGAAGGCGUACGACUCCGCGAAGGAGCAGGCCAUCCACACCGCGCAGCACCUCCUCGCCUGGCUCCGCCUCGCGGACGCGCAGCCCGUGCCGAUGAUUCGCCUCGACUUCAUGCUGCUGCGCACCGGGGCGGGCGAGGCCUGCGUGACCUUCGGCGAGUUCUGCGAGAUGGGCGCCUGCUGCCUGGGCUGGGAGGAGGGUCCGCCGACCAUCUGGCGCGCCGCGCUCGACCGCGCCCUCGAGUGA